AUGGGCGCCCAGCAAUCCAAGACCGAGCCUACGCUCCACGAAAAGGCGGUUCUCGAGCGCCUUCAAAACCUACGGGUUCAAGACCAAGAUGACUACGUCGAAGUCACCAGUGACGCCGAGAAGGCCUUCGUUGGACCCCUCAUUCGAGAUGCCGAAGGUCUCCCGCUCCACGUCCUCGAGUCGUGGCAGGCCGCCAUCAUCAAGGACCCCAAGAAUAACUCUGCGAACCCGCGCCAGGUUCUUACCUCGUUGCCGACCCAGAUCGCAGACCAGCAGAUCUACAACGUCAAGAUCCCAUUCGAAGGCGACCCCAUCACAAACCAGCGCUCCAGCGGUCGAUGCUGGCUCUUUGCGUCCACCAACGUAUUCCGAGUUGCCCUCAUGAAGCGCUUCGACCUCGAGAGCUUCGAGCUGUCACAGCAAUACCUCUUUUACUGGGACAAGCUGGAGAAAGCCAACUGGUUCCUCGAGCAGAUCAUCGAUACCGCUACGGAGGAUCUCGAAGGCCGCGUCGUCCAGACCCUGCUUUCUGAUCUGGUGUCCGACGGUGGCCAGUGGGACAUGGUAUACAACCUGGUUGAGAAGUAUGGCCUCGUGCCCCAGACCCUCUACCCCGACAGCUGGAAUGCUAUGAGCUCUGGUAUCUUGAACAGCCUCGUCAAGACCAAGCUUCGAGAGUUCGCACUCAGGCUUCGGGCCCUGGCUAAUUCCAAGGAUGGGGUCUCCGCCGCUGCCAUCUCCUCAGCCAAAGACAAGAUGCUGCGUGAGAUCUCACUCAUCAUGACUCUCCUGCUGGGUCCACCCCCAAACCCCGAGGAGACCUUCACCUGGCAGUACAACGACAAGAAUGGAAAGGCCCACCAGCUCAAGACCACCCCCAAGGAGUUUGCCAAGAACAUCUAUAGCCCAAGCUUCCCCGUCACAUCCAGCACCGUCAGCGGCAUGAUCUCUCUUGUGCACGAUCCCCGUCACGAGCCUCUAUCCCACCUCACAGUCUCCCGGCUUGGCAACAUUGUCGGUGGCCGCGGAAUCAGCUAUGUCAACGUCGACAUUGACACUCUCAAGGGUGCAUGCGUCAAGAUGCUCAAGGCUGGUCUCCCCAUCUUCUUUGGUAGCGACGUAGGCCAGUUCAGCGACUCCAGGUCUGGCAUCAUGGACCUCAACCUCUACAACUAUGAACUGGGCUUCAACACCAGCCUCCUCGGUAUGACCAAAGCACAGAGGCUGAUGACGGGCGAGAGUCAGAUGACCCAUGCUAUGGUGCUGACGGCAGUACAUCUCGACGAGCAGACGGGUAAGCCGGUCCGCUGGCGAGUGCAGAACAGCUGGGGCACUACUGCCGGAGACAAGGGAUGGUUUGUCAUGAGUGAUGCAUGGCUGGAUGAGUUUGUCUACCAGGCAGUCGUCGACCCGCGUGUCCUCAGCAAGGAGGUUCGGGAUGUACUCAAGAAGGAGGCCAUUGUCCUGCCGCUGUGGGAUCCCAUGGGCUCACUUGCCUAG